ACCGCGUGUUCUUGCAGAGUGCUGAAAGCUGUCUCCAUGCCACAUCAGUUAUCGCCUGUAUUUCAGACAAACAUGAAUAUAUUCUCCUUGAUUGUUCUAAUCCUACCAAUUCUGUGCUAUGGACUUAAUAAAUCUGAUUCAAAGUAUCCAGAUCUUCAUUUAAGAUUCAUUGAUCCUUCCCAGCCUGAAAUCCUAUACACUGUGGAAAAGACAAAGGUGUGGGAAAUGUCUUGCACAUCAUUCAACCAAAAAGGGGAUAAUGAGCCAUUCUGUAACUCUUAUGAAGAAUGUGGCUUCAGUCACCAUCUAAACUCAACAUUUACAGCCUGCAACAUAAACAAAGAGACGUCUUUAGUAGAGUGUGAACUAGGAGACUACAAGUGCACAGGCAUGGAUUGUGGCUGGAAAGAGAAUGAAAACUUUAAAGAUGUGAGAAAAGCCAAAUGUCGAGCGUAUUUCUAUGACACAGAUCUCAGCUUCACUUGGACAAAAGCUACAGAUGUUGUCCUAAGUGUGCAAGGUUCCACACAGCUUUUUCAGCUCCAUUUGAAGCUUAAAAAGGAAUCGGGUAAUCACGCUGCUGAAGAAUAUGGAUCUACUGCUUCACAAAAUAAACCAGCCUCCUGUGAUGGAAUAUGUAUUGGACUAACCAUAGGAUUGGUCAUAAGCAUUGUGUUGAACGUAGUACUGACAAUCAUGAGUUACAGCGUUUACCUCCACAAGUAGCACCACUACAAGGAACACUAAUACGUAGCAAAAGACUUCUGAAC